CAUUUCCACACUUAAACUAGCAAAGAGCUAGUUUUAUCAAAAUUUUAUCAGCUACCUUUGAUCAUUUCGCAUUAACUCACAGUUUGCGAAGUAAUAUAUCAUAAAAAUCAUAACGAUGGAGGACAUCGAGAUGAAAGAAAAAUGUUUGAGUAUCUGCAAGGAUUUUUUAGGUGGAGCGUGGUUGAAAGUUACGAUGGAUGAUUUUGUUUUCAGUAUGAUAACCGGAGGGUUGAGCAAUCAUUUGUAUAUGUGUGCACUACCAAAUCAUAUAUUGCCCCAUUCCGAUAAUUCUAAUGUUCCGCCUAAGGUUCUUGUCCGUAUUUACGGACAAAUUAUACACGAGGAUCCAGAAACUGUUGUGAUCGAUUCCGUUGUAUUUACAUCAUUAGCCGAAAAAGGCCUUGGACCAAAAUUAUAUGGUGUUUUUACUGGUGGAAGAGUUGAGCAAUACGUCAACUCUAGGCAUCUUUAUACUGAAGAACUUGCAAUUCCUAGUAUAUCAUCCGAGUGUGCAAAGAUUAUGGCCUCUUUUCAUAAAUUAAACAUGCCACUAGUGAAAAAACCAAAGUGGCUGUUUGAAACAAUUACAAGAUAUCUAGAUGAAGUCUUAAAUAAUGUGUCAUUCGACAGCGAACAGAUUGAGAACACUGCCAAACUAGAAAGAUUAUUAUCUUUGGGCUUAGCCAAGGAAGAAACGGAAUUAAAAAGCAUACUGCUACAAGUACAUAGUCCAGUUGUUUUUUGUCAUAAUGACAUGCAGGAGGGAAAUAUACUCUUUAUCGAAAAUUCGGAUGAACCAGAUGAUUGGAAACUGAAAGCAAUUGAUUUUGAAUAUUCUUCAUAUAACUAUAGAGCGUAUGACAUAGCAAAUCAUUUCGUUGAGUGGUGCUACGAUUAUUCACAUGCAGAACAUCCAUAUUACCUAGCUGAUAUCAGCAAAUAUCCGACAAAGAAACAACAAUAUCACUUUUUUAGACAUUAUUUAGCGGAAAUGGAAGACGAAAACAUUAAUUUUGACCGAGAACUUGAUAAUUUAUACAAAGAAGUUGCUGCGUUUACAUUAGCAUCACAUUUUUUCUGGGGUCUAUGGUCGAUCGUUCAAGCGCAUGUUGCAACAAUCAAUUUUUCAUAUCUCGAUUACGCACUUAUUCGUUUUGAACAUUAUUUUAAACAGAAAAAGGACGCAUUAAUGAUUUUAAAGUCCGAUAAUAAUACUUGUGAUUAA